AUGUAUUCGAUAUUUCGAUUCGUUCCUCGUCCAACGACGAUAUCCUGUGUUCGUCAUCUGAAGAUAAAUACCAGAAUCCCUCGAUCACGACCUGAUCUGUUACGAUUUUUAGAAGAUAUUGCAUUACCAGUUUUGGAAAAACCACUACCUGAUCCGGUUGAAGAUUGUUAUCGAGAACAUGUGAAACAGAAGAUUUUACUUGAUCAAGAAGAUAUUGAAUUAGCUUCGGAAUAUGAUCAAUUUCGUGCUCGCCGAUUUCGUGAAAUGCUCGAGUCAAGUCGAACUGUUUUACUUUGUCAAGAGAUUUGCAUUGUUCCAUCGAUUCGAUAUACCAUCGCUCGAAUGCAAUUCUUGAAAAAUGGAUUUCAAUUCAUGAAAUUUCCUCGAAUCGUUCCACACUUAGCAUUAGCAAAUAACAAACAAUAUGAAAACUUUCUUCCGCCAAUUUUAUCAUUUGGCUUUGAAACCAUUUAUUUAUUUCAUAAAGAUAAUAAUCUGGCAUCAGCGUUCAAAUUACUCAAAAAAUAUCGAAAUAAUCUGUUGCUAAUCGGUGGUCUCGUUGACGGACGUUUAUACAAUCGUGCUGGAUUGGAAGCGUUAAAUCAACUGCCGAACAUCGAUUACUUCCAAGGAGAAUUGGUUUCUAUUACACAAUUACCUGGCAGUCGAACAUUAUCAUUAGCUAAUCAUCCUGCUCGAUUGUUGAGUCAUUACUUAGACACAUACAUGGCUGGGUCAGCGUUACGACGAUUAAUUGCCGAAUACAAACAAUUAACAAAUAAUCCACCUGAUGGAAUUUUAGCUGGACCUAUUAGUGAUGAGAAUUUUUUUGAAUGGGAGGCACUAAUUACAGGACCAAGUGGCACAUCAUUUGAAUACGGUGUUUUUGUUACUCGACUUCAUUUUCCUAGUGAUUAUCCUCUGAGUCCACCAAAAAUGAAGUUUGUCAGCGAAAUUUUUCAUCCCAAUGUUUACCCUGAUGGAAGAGUAUGUAUUUCAAUUUUACAUGCGCCUGGCGAUGAUCCAAUGGGUUAUGAAACAAGUGCUGAACGCUGGAGUCCUGUACAAAGUAUAGAAAAGAUUUUACUUUCGGUUGUUUCUCUGCUUGCUGAACCAAACGAAGCCAGUCCAGCAAAUGUCGAUGCCGCAAAGAUGUUUCGCGAAAAUCGUGAAAAAUUUGAUGAAACAGCUAAGCGUAGUGUCCGAAAAACGCUUGGACUGUGA